GGCCACCAAAUCCUUGCUAAGCCUUGUAACCACCCAUUCAUAUUCCCACAUCAUCGGAUAAAAAGAUACCGAAAAUCACAGCCUCCUACACAAUAGCAUAUUCCCCUUGAUUUUUUCUCAUCACUUCAUGGUAUUCUCGUGCCUCUUUUUCCUCCUUUCUCAACAACCAAAAGCUUAAGACCCCUUCAUUUGUUUCUUUUAUUUAUUUCUUCCUAUGCUGCAUGCAUGGUUUCUCUACAGAAAUGACACCAACCUAUUCAAAUUGAAGAAUACUAGUGGAAUAUUAUAGCUAAUUAAGUCAUGUCAGCUUGUGGAAGCCUACAACACAUCUUUGAAAACCCAUCAUUACCAGAAAACCCAACACUUCUCGAAUCCCUCUCAUGGGGCCAAAUCAAAUCCAUCCACCACUCUUCCUCCUUCACUGAGAUAUUUGGUGAACUCCAUUUCAACGAGAGUCCUAAACUUUUUCCUUCUUUUUCCUCUUCAUCAUUCUCAAAGAUAAACCACAGAAACCUCACGCGCAAUAAUCAACAUAUUAGCCAAACCCCAUCUUCAAGCACCCCAACAACAAAGCACCUUGAGAGUCACAAAAGUAGUGACAACUUUUCAUCCUUGAGUUCUGAAAAUUUGCAUCUUUGCACUGAGGGUCUUGGUUCUGAAAGCUCUGAUGAUGUUGAAGACUUGAAGAUUAAUGGGGUGAAUAGUGGUGAAUGCUGGGAAAGUCAUCAGAGAGAGAAAGAAGGUGGGAAUGAAAAGCAUUUAGCUAUGGAAGAUUGUUGUUGUCAUGGGGAAUGGAGAACAAGGUCAAGAGUUUAUGGGGAGUACCCUCCUCCUAUUUCGUGCAUAGGGAAGACUGGGAAGCCUUGUGUCAGCUUCAUGUCUUAUAGGGACAAUGGGAGGUUUGUGCUUAAAGAAAUAAGGAUACCCACCCACGAAUUUUUGCAUGCUCAUAGAGAAGAUGGGAGGUUGAAGCUUCACUUUGUUCAGCCUGAUCAUCAUGAUGACGAUGAUGAUGCUGAUGAUGACAACAUCGAAGAUGAAGAAGAUUAUGGUGACGUAGAAAAUACAGACGAGGGAGAAGAAAAUAUGGGAAGAGAAAAUGAUGAGAAUGUAACAGAUUCAAGUCAAUGAGAUUGAUGCCAAAGCCACUUGAUUGCAAAAAACAAAAACAAGUGUGGAAAAUACAUUUCAAGCCAUAUUUUGAAUUUUUUUUAAAGCACAAUAAUUAGAUGU